AUGGAUGGUCAUUGGGGGAUCUGGAAUGAAUCACCACCGCUGUGUGUUGCCGUCAUGCGCGGUAGACUUGACAUUAUGGUCGAAAUUCUUCUCUUAUCCCCCACCAUCAAGAUUGAAUCGGCACUAGGUACGGCGGCUAAACUUGGCCACAUCCGGAUCGUUAAACUACUCCUUCGGCGCCAACCCAACGCAGACUUAAACUUCCGUGAUGGAUCAGGGAUGACCGCACUAGCCCAAGCCGCCUUUGCCGGGCAUGAUAAUAUUGUCAACUACCUACUCCAGAGACGUCAUAUCGAUGUGAAUCUCCACGACUUUGACAGAUGCACGCCUCUGUGGUGGGCGGCUAAAAGAGGACACUUGGAUAUUGUGGUACAAUUGGUCAGCGACAGUCGGACAGUGUUUAAUAGUAGAAUACAUCGAUGUCCACGAGACGAAGCAAAGUAUUGGGGACAUUCAGAUAUUGCUAAUCUUUUAACUUAUGUUAUAGAUAAGAAGAAUCCAUUCGCUCUCUUGAACUAG